UUCCGGGUUCCUGUAGUCGCGGCUGUGGUUGCAGCCGCCUCCGCAGCAGAGCCGGCUCUGGGGACUGGCCCCCCUGGCGCUUUUCAGUCUCUCUUGUUGCUUUCACUGAGGAUGAGUCCCUGCGCAGCUGUGUGCCCACACCGCGGAGACCAGCGGCGCAGUUUCAUCUAGCGACUGGUCACCGUUGCAAUUAUGGAUAUUUAAAAAGAUUAGACAGUGUGGAGGGGGAGUUCCCCUCCUCACUCCCCCUUGGUGCUUGACUCUAGGAAUAAUUUAUAAACUGUGGAAAGUUUUAAAAAAUAUAUAUUUGAUACAAACUUUAUAAUAGAGCUAUUUUUAAUUUUUUUGAUUUAAGUGCCAAAAUAAAUUGUACAAAGAUAAAUAGUUUUAUACUAUUGCCAUGAGGAUUUAAAUUAUAAUCCCAAAAAGGCUGUUUAUUGUCUAUAAUUCAUCUUGAAUAGCACCUUUGUGUCCUGGCAUUUUCAUUUUUUAAAACUUUGUCUUAGCUGACUAUUUUGAAGAAGUAAGCAGCAUAAACAAUAUUAGGAUGAAUUCUUCUAUCCCUGACUGCACAUCAAAGUGUCGAUCCCUGCAGCAUGCUUUGGACAUCCUUUCUGUGAUAACAAAGGGGAGUGAAGGCCAGAUUAAGGCUUUUCUCUCUAGUUAUUGUUACAAUGCUACAACUAUCAAGGAUGCCUUUGGCAGGAAUGCCCUCCACCUGGUUUCUUCUUGCGGCAAGAAAGGAGUGUUAGAUUGGCUUAUUGAGAAAGGAGUGGAUCCUUUGGUGAAAGACAAGGAGUCAGGAUGGACAGCUUUGCACAGAAGCAUUUUUUAUGGACAUAUUGACUGUGUUUGGUCUCUGUUGAAGCAUGGUGUUAGUCUGUAUAUCCAAGAUAAAGAAGGUUUGUCAGCUUUGGAUCUUGUAAUGAAGGAUAGACCAACUCAUGUAGUAUUCAAGAAUACUGAUCCUACAGAUGUCUAUACUUGGGGAGAUAAUACAAAUUUCACCCUGGGUCAUGGAAGCCAAAAUAGCAAACAUCAUCCAGAGUUGGUGGAUCUGUUCUCCAGGAGUGGAGUUUAUAUCAAGCAGGUGGUGCUUUGUAAAUUUCACUCAGUGUUUCUGUCUCAGAAAGGGCAGGUUUAUACCUGUGGUCACGGUCCUGGAGGACGCUUAGGACAUGGAGAUGAACAGACAUGCUUGGUCCCCAGGCUUGUGGAAGGACUGAGUGGUCACAAUUGUUCCCAAGUGGCAGCUGCCAAGGAUCAUACUGUUGUAUUAACUGAAGAUGGAUUUGUUUAUACAUUUGGUCUAAAUGUUUUUCAUCAGUUAGGGCUUGUUCCCCCACCUCCAAGUUGUAAUGUACCCAGACAGAUGCAGGCAAAAUAUCUGAAAGGGAAAACAAUCAUUGGAGUAGCAGCAGGCAGGUUUCAUACAGUGCUGUGGACAAGAGAAGCUGUGUACACUAUGGGACUGAAUGGUGGGCAGCUGGGUUAUUUACUGGAUCCCAAUGGAGAAAAAUGUGUAACUGCUCCUCGUCAAGUUUCUGCUCUUCAUCAUAAGGAUAUUGGCCUGUCCUUGGUUGCUGCAAGUGAUGGGGCCACCGUCUGUGUAACCACAAGGGGAGAUAUUUACUUACUUGCAGACUAUCAGUGCAAGAAGAUGGCUUCUAAACAACUAAACUUGAAAAAGGUUCUUGUUUCUGGAGGGCGUAUGGAGUACAAGGUUGAUCCUGAACAUCUGAAAGAAAAUGGGGGUCAGAAAAUUUGCAUUCUCGCAGUGGAUGGAGCGGGAAGGGUGUUUUGCUGGAGAUCAGUUAGCAGUUCUCUGAAGCAGUGUCGGUGGGCCUAUCCACGCCAGGUCUUCAUUUCUGAUAUUGCUUUAAAUAGAAAUGAAAUUCUGUUUGUCACACAAGAUGGGGAAGGAUUUAGAGGGAAAUGGUUUGAAGAAAAAAGAAAGAGUUCUGAAAAGAAAGAGAUUUUAUCAAACCUUCAUAAUUCCUCAUCAGAUGUGUCUUGUGUUUCUGAAGUAAAUAGCGUAUAUGAAAGAAUUCGACUUGAGAGACUUCCUUUUGCCCAUAGAGCUGUUAGUGUCAGCACAGAUCCAAGUGGGUGCAACUUUGCAAUCCUGCAGUCAGAUCCUAAAACAAGCCUUUAUGAAAUUCCAGUUGUGUCCUCAUCAUCGCUUUUUGAAGAGUUUGGCAAACUGUUAAGGGAAACAGAUGAAAUGGACAGCAUCCACGAUGUGACAUUUCAAGUUGGCAAUAGAAUCUUCCCUGCACAUAAAUAUAUUUUGGCUGUGCGUUCUGACUUUUUUCAGAAAUUGUUUAUUUCAGAUGGUACUACUUUAGACUUUGCAGAUGUUUACCGGAAAGAUGAAGAUUCUGUAGGAUGCCAUCUCUUUGUGGUAGAGAAAGUUCAUCCUGACUUGUUUGAAUACCUUUUACAAUUUGUAUACACAGACACUUGUGACUUUUUAACUCAUGGCUACAAACCAAGAAUACACUUAAACAAAAAACCAGAAGAAUAUCAGAAUGCUCCGAAUUCUCAUUUGAAUAAAAUGAAUUGCCAUGAAGAUAAUAAUCAGAAGUCAACAUUUGAAGUUUAUAAAAGUAAUCAAGCUCAAACAAUUAGUGAAAGGCAGAAAAGAAAACCUAAGUCUUCCAAGAAAGGAAAAAGUGUUGGGGAAGAUGAUCCUGUAAGAAUGUUGCAAAAUGUUGCAAAAAAAUUUGGCUUCAAUAAUUUGAGUAGUAGGUUAGAUGGAGUCAGAUUUGAAAAUGAAAAAAUUAAUGUUAUUGUCAAGAAAACUGGUAAUAAACCAAAGCUAAAUCAGAAAAAAUGUUCAUUUCUGUGUGAUGUGACUAUGAAAUCAGUGGAUGGAAAGGAAUUUCCUUGUCAUAAAUGUGUUCUUUGUGCCAGACUAGAAUAUUUUCAUAGUAUGCUGAGUAGCUCAUGGAUUGAGGCCUCCAGUUGUGCGGCUCUAGAAAUGCCAAUACAUUCUGACAUACUGCAAGUUAUUUUGGACUACCUCUACACUGACGAAGCUGUGGUGAUAAAAGAAUCUCAAAAUGUGGAUUUUAUUUGUAGUGUUCUUGUGGUGGCUGAUCAGUUUCUCAUAACUCGAUUGAAAGAGAUUUGUGAAGUAGCAUUAACUGAAAAACUUACCCUUAAAAAUGCUGCUAUGCUACUGGAAUUUGCAGCCAUGUAUAAUGCUGAACAAUUGAAACUGUCUUGUUUACAGUUUAUAGGACUGAAUAUGGCAGCUUUGCUUGAAGCAAGGUCUCUUGAUGUUUUAAGUGAUGAUGUUUUGAAGGAUCUUUCUGUGUUUUACCGAAAAAUGAUCCCAGCAAUGGAUAGGAGGGUUAUUACACCAUAUCAAGAUGGACCAGAUAUUAGUUAUUUGGAAGUAGAAGAUGGAGAUAUCUUUUUGAAAGAAGAAAUAAAUAUGGAACAAAAUUAUUUGGAAACUAUGUUCAAGAAGGUGAAAACAAAAGCAAAAAAGAAGCCACGUAAGCGUUCAGAUAGUUCUGGAGGUUAUAACCUUUCAGAUGUUAUUCAGAGUCCACCAUCCACAGGAUUAGUAACAUCUGGUAAGACCUAUUCUGUGGAAUCUCUCUCAGAACUAUUGACAUCAGACUCCGAAGGAAGCUAUGCAGGAGUGGGUAGUCCUAGAGAUUUACAGUCCCCUGAUUUCACAACAGGAUUUCAUCCAGAUAAGAUUGAGGGAAAAGUUAAACCGUAUGUUAAUGGCACACCUCCUACAUAUUCUAGGGAAGAUUUAAAAUCAUGGGAAAAAUCACCAGUACUUAAAACAUCUGCUCCACAGCCCAUUCCCAGUAACACAAUUGAUAAUACAAGCUCUUCCAGUUGGGUUGUUGGCUCUUUCAGUCCUGUCAGUCCUCCUGUCAUGGAUCUCAGAACCAUCAUGGAAAUUGAAGAAAGUAGACAAAAAUGUGGAGCUACACCAAAGACAAAUUUGGGCAAAAUGAUUUCUCAUGGAAUCAAACUUUCUCAGAAGCAAAGAAAAAUGAUCGCAGUGACUACCAAAGAAAACAAUUCAGGAAUGAAUAGCAUGGAAACAGUUUUAACCACUCCUUCAAAAUCCCCCAAACCAGUGAAUGCAUGGGCAUUUUCUCUACAUUCAGUUUCAUCCAAGUCAUUCUGGGAUUUUUCACUAGACGAAAAAAAAUCUGUUACUGGCCAUAGUUCAGGAGAUCAUGUCAAAAAAAUUUGUUUUAAAGGAAUUGAAAGUUCCCAGGAUCCAAAAGUCAUAAGAUACCCUACCCAAGGUACUCCAGGCGAAGGCAACCAUAUUUCAGAUUUACCACUUCAAGACAGUGCCAAUCCUUGGCUGUCUUCUUCGUUGACUGGUCCUUCGGUAGCCCCAGUCACUUUCGCAUCUAUUGUAGAAGAAGAGCUACAACAAGAAGCAGCUCUUAUCAGAAGUCGAGAAAAACCCUUGGCUCUGAUUCAGAUUGAGGAGCAUGCUAUACAAGAUUUAUUGGUCUUCUAUGAGGCACUUAGCAACCCUGAUGAAUUUGUCAUUGUUGAAAGGACACCUCAGGGACCACUGGCAGUACCUAUGUGGAAUAAGCAUGGCUGCUAGUCCACUGUGGAGUUGAGAUGCAUUUUUCAUAAUCAUGAUUGUUAACAUAUUAAAAAAAAAAAGCUAUGGAAAAGAGUUCUUACACAUUUGGUAACAGGUCAUUAUAGAUAGAAUAAGAAAAGUUCUAAUUUCUUUACUGUAGUUUAAGCAUAUAAUGAUUGUAUGAUUAAAAAUAAAUUCUUCAGAGUUGUGAUUUUAGUAACUUUUCAUGUAAAAAUGUACGGAAGGAGAAACUUACUAAGUUUAAAUAGAAUUGUCUCUUCUGAAUAAUCUUGCAAAGGAAAAUAUGAAUGAUUGAAGUGUAAAAUUUGAGUGAUGCAUUAAAAAUAACUUUUCCAUUUGUUAAUUUGGUAUAAAUAAUUUAGAAGAUGUUUGCCAGAUACCUGUUGUCACUCUUCUUUUUUCAUGACAUUGAUGAGCUUAAAGUAGGGGCAUCAAUCUUUACUCCUGAUCCAUUAAUGGCCAGAAUUUUGUGUUUGCUAUAAUAGCUAUUAUGUCUCCAUUCUUGUGUCUUUUUUAUUAGGCUGUGAGUGUUCUAGGUCUAUUUAAAGCCUGAAUUGCUCAAAUGCCAUAUUAUUGGAGUUUGGACAGCACAUUCUCCAUUUUGCAUUAAGCUAUGGAGUAGAAUGGAAAGUAAAUAUGAAUACUAUUCUAAACAGCUUAGGGUAAGACAACUUGUUUCUUUAUAAGAUUUGGAGUCGUUUUUUUGUUUUUCUUUCUUUUUUUGAUGUGGGGGGGAGCCUUUUAAAAGCCUAAUUGUGAGAGAUCCAGUUUCUCAAAGUGUUAAAAUUUUCUAUAAUAAAUGCUUAAUUAUAUAUACAUGAAAUGAAUUGUUUGGAAGAAGACUGGUUUAUAGUUACUUACACACUAUUACAUAACCAGAAAUUCUCUAAUUUUGGGUUAUACGAAUAGACAUAAAAAUUGCUUGUUUUCUUUACAGUGUGCUGUUUGGCUUGUUUUUGAGUGGUUAACUUUUAAAAAAAAAAAAACUAAUGAUAAAUCUGCGCUCCAGCAUCUAAAUAAAUUGGGAAAGUUAAUGUUUCAGAUUCUGGAAGAUAAGCCUAGGGGAAUAGACAGGCAAUUCAUUGCUGUAAUUCAGUUGAUGGAAAUAUAGCUAAAAGUAACUCAAUAUUUCAGGUUUAGCUCUACUCAAAAGAAGCAAACAUGUAAGCAAAUGUGCAAUAAAAAGUAAUCUCGAUCCAUGUCAUUUUUAAUGUGUGUUUGUUAUCUUGCACUGUAUUGACAUCUAUCUUAGGAGGAAUUACUAAUUUGUCCUAUACUAAUAGUUAGAAUAUGUUUAAGUUGAUGCUUUUUCCAUUUAGACUGCUUAAAAAAGGCAGUUUUCCAAAUAAGCACCAGCAAAAAGUUUUAUAUUAUGUGCAUUUGAGUAAAUUAGGAAGAUAGGAAUUGUACAUAUUUUUAAUAGAUGUUCCAGUAAAGAGCCUUUAUGAAGUAUUUAAUUUAUUUCUUUAAAAGCUUCAAUUCUUCCAUUUUUCUUUAAUAUCUAAGGAUACUAGAAAGUGCUAAUUUUCAUGUUAUACUCCAUGCUACCUGGGAAACAUGUCCAGGGACCUUUGUAGAAUGAGGUGUGAAGGAGGAGGGACAAGGGCUGUGGGACUUUAGACUUUUCCAAACUGUAACCAGAGCAUCUUAUGAUUAGUUUUAUGUAGUAUUUUAUUUGGAAAAAAGGGUUCUUUUGCUAAUAAAAUGAAAGAAAAGUACUGCUAUGAACUAUAAUUAUUCAUAAAUGAUUCCAUGAAGGUAGCCAUCUAAUACAUUGUCACCAAAAAGCCCAAGAAAAAAAAAUUUUUUUCUCAUCUGACAGUAUUAUUAUUCUGAUUGCAAUAAUUCAUUCUUCUCUAAUGCCAGGACUUCAAGAAAGGCCUAAUAGAAUUGAAGAAAACCCAGAAGUGGAAAAUUUCGGUGAUCAGUGGGACAGAGAGGUUUUUAAGAUUGACCAAAACAAUCAUAGAACUCUUCAGCCUGGAAAGGUGAUAGUUGGGUGGGGAAGGGUGGUGGAGGUGGGUGAUGUCACAGGUUUAAAAUUUGCAAAAUCAGGAAGACUGUCAAUCAGGUAAAGUCAAAUUUGUUGACAAAUACUAGGAUUUAGGAGAUAAGAGAUUUAUUCUCUGAAGAAACUGACUUUCAGAGGCUUUAGUUUAAUAGACACAUAGACAGUUUUAGAUAAAUUUUAAACUCUAGGACUAAUUUAGUUUCAACUUCAGAAACCUGACUUUACCCGACUCAGCUUCAGAAAGCUGGCCACCUCUGAUACAAGAUUGGAAUAGCCUCUUAUGGAGAAUCUGAACACCCCAGAGAAAGUUAUUGACAUUUGCGGGUCCCUAGUAGUAAUGGAAUUGGUUACCUAGCCACUCAACAUGAAGUCCACCAGUUGAGGAUUGCUCCCUGGUCCUCUCUCCCUGUCCAAAACUUUCAGCUUCUUGGAGCCUAACUCAUAAAUAUGAAUGGACAUCCAAGGAUCACCAGAUAUUUAAGGAAAAUCUUCAAUGUGAAAAGAAACCCACUCAAAAAAAAAGGAUAAAAGAAACCUACUUGACACAGAGAUAAUAUAAAGAGCAGAAGAAAACUUGAAAGAAUCUAUAAUUAAUAAUUUUAAAUAGAUACGAGAAGACAUUACGUCUAUAAAAUGAGAAAAGAAUGCUAUUAAAAAAAAAAAAA